CAAUUGUGUGGGCGAGAAACGGCCCGGUGUUCGCAGCUCGCGGCAGUGAGUAAAAUGGCGUUGUUGUGGUCGGUGAUAUCGUUCGCGUUCUCGUUGCUGCUGACACCUUUCCUCAUGCUGCUACUGGCGAUCAUAUUCCUCGCAUCCAUCGGCAAGUCCCUCGGUGUGCGCAGGCUGUACAUCAAGUUGCUAUUGGCCCUCUUCGAGUACGGCCGACAAAACAUAGAAAAUGUGAGGAAGAAGAACGGUACUUGGGAUCCGGAUGAAAAUCUUGCUGCAGGAGAGGAAUGCGAGUCGCCAACGAAAACGGAAAAAGAUUCAACAGCAGUAUCGCCUAAAAUGCAAAAUGGCAAUGUGAGCAAUUCGGUGAUAGCCAGGUCGAAGGAUUUAAUCUUAGUUCCCGAGCCAGAAAUGCAAAAUCAAAACGCUGAUGAAUCGAAACUCAAAAGUGAACCGUCAAUGAUUGUCAUCAAAGAGGAAAGCCUUAAUUCAAAAAACUCUUUAGAAACGUUAAAAACUGCAUUUGCGCCUGCAAGUUUGGAUUAUAUUAGAGCAGGCUUUGAAGCCAUCAUAGAAGACGAAGUGACUUCACGUUUUGAAGCUGAAGAACUUAAGAACUGGAAUCUGUUAACUCGAACGAAUAGAUCCUACGAGUUUAUCUCUUGGAAGUUGACUUUUAUAUGGAUGUUUGGAUUCUUCUUGCGCUACUGUUUUCUGCUACCCCUAAGAAUAUUUAUCUGCUUUGUAGGGGUACUGUAUCUCGUAGUCGUAACAUUUUUUAUCGGCUUUUUGCCGAAUGGCCGUAUAAAACGUUGGGCAAACCACCAGGGCACCGUUAUUUCGUUCAGGAUAAUGUCCCGUGCUCUCUCGGCCCAGAUCACGAUUCACAAUCCCGAGUACAAACCAAAGAAAGGAGGGGUGUGCGUGUCGAAUCAUACGACCACCUUUGAUGUCUGCAUUUUAUCCACGCAAACGACAUUUUCUUUGGUGAUGUGGCUGACAGUGUGCACUGCAGUAGUGGGUUACGUUCCCGAGGGUAGCUUCAAGCGGUGGCUCAACUACAAAGUCUCCGUAAUGUGCUUUGCUGUCUUAUCCAGUGCUUUGUCUGCAGUCAUCACCUACAACAAUCCAGAGAAUCGACCUGUCAGAGGCAUAUGCGUAGCUAAUCACACAUCUCCUAUCGAUGUUCUUGUACUCAUGUGUGAUAAUUGUUAUUCAUUGAUAGGUCAAAGGCAUGGUGGUUUCUUGGGAAUAUUACAAAGAGCUCUUGCCCGUGCUUCUCCACACAUAUGGUUUGAACGCUCCGAGGUCAAAGACAGAGAAGCAGUUGCGAAAAGGUUAAAGGAACACGUAUCAGAUCCUACAAACCCACCAAUACUCAUAUUUCCGGAGGGUACAUGUAUCAACAAUACAUCAGUUAUGCAAUUUAAAAAAGGCAGUUUUGAAGUUGGCAGCAUUAUUUAUCCUGUGGCUAUAAAAUACGAUCCAAGAUUCGGAGAUGCGUUUUGGAACAGUAGUCGAUAUUCAAUGUUACAAUAUUUAUAUAUGAUGAUGUCCAGCUGGGCUAUAGUCUGCGAUGUGUGGUAUCUCCCUCCAAUGCAUAGAAAGGAAGGAGAGAGUGCCAUCGAUUUCGCGAAUCGAGUGAAAUCUGUGAUAGCGCGGCAAGGUGGUCUUGUCGAUCUGCAAUGGGACGGGCAACUGAAGAGGAUGAAACCGAAGAAGGAAUGGAGGGAAAAGCAGCAAGAAGAAUUCAGUAAACGACUAAAAGUCGAAUAAAUAGUAAUAUCGUUUCUAGUCAUAGCCUCAUAAUGCAUAUAUUGCGUGAUAUUUGUUUGUUUAAACAAUAUCAUUUCAUUCAAUUGGCCCCCUCUGUCUCACAUGUUAUUUCCGCAUAUGUCAUAAUAAGGAAAACCUAUGUCUUUAUUAAUCUGCGUUAUUAAAUUUUAGAUAUAGAUAUUUCCGCAAAUAUGACAGUUUGCACUUUUCUGACAAAUUUCUAGAUAAAAAUAAGUGGCAUUCUAAAUGUUACGCGAGGUAAUAUAAUAUUGUACAUUUACAAUAAUAGAAAUGUCAUUUUUAAUGGAAUUUUUAAUGUGCCGUAUGGCUUAUAUCUUGAGGGAUUCCAAUUUUCAUUUGAAGUGCAAAUAUAAUAUUUGCUAGUUUUUAAUAGUAAGGUUCGAUGAUUGCAAAGGCAUUAUGAAUUUAUUAUUUAUAUGUGGAAUGUAUAAUUAUGUUAAAACGUGUGAUAUCUUUGCAUAUGAGUGUGUGUAGUAUUGAGAAACUUUCCAAUUACUCGUACAUAUUAAAUUAUUGAACAAAGUCAGACAGUUUAGAUGCAUUAAUUUUCUUUUAUCUAUAAGAGUACUAAAGGGAAAAAUAUUAUAGUUUUUACUGUAGUUAAAAAAGAAACGAAAUAGUAUAUUUAUUCAUUUUGCUCAUAAAGAGAUUUAGGCGGAAUGACAACUUACCAUUUUAUCUAUCCUCUAGAAAUACGGUACACGAUUGCAUUAUGUUAUUUUUCUAUUAAAACUGAAUAGCAUCUCGAUAUAUAUUUUCUACUUUUAUAUUUUACAUACAUAGAAUGUGAACUUUUUUAGCGCUCUAUAUUGCAAUGUAUGUCAAUAUAAUAUAUGGUUAUGAAUAUAACAUAUAAGUGAAAACACACGCGCGGGCAUAUUAAUAUAUUCGUGAACUCAUAAAAAAAAACGAAACAAAAAAAAGAUAUACAAGUAUGGAGAGACAUAUUUUCUCACACUUCCAACCAAAGUUAAAUAGCAGUUUUAAAAGAAGUGCUAUUUUGCUAUCGAUGGCAUUAUUGUAAUAACUAUUAGUAAAUUAAUAAUAGAUGUUAUUUAUUUAUUUAGAAAUGAAGAUAACGCCUAUUAUAAAUUCACAUUAUUGUAUAUAUUUUAUAAUUUGGCCUAAUUCCUGUUAUAGUUAAACAAUUUAGAGUUGAUAAAUUUUUUGUGAAAGAGAAAAAGUUAAUUAACCAUGUUUUUUGCAAUAAAAAAUUAUUAAUAUAUUUUGAAUAUAUUCUCCAAGAAUUCUUGAAACAAAAAUAAAGACUAAUGCUUUUUUAAUUAAAUGCAAUAAACGAUGUUCAUUAGAUAAUACAAUUAUUACGUGGGGAAAAUAAAUUGUAAGUCUAUUUAUUUUCCAAAUCAUCUUUAUCAUAACAUCAUAUAAUAUACUAAUUAUCAAAUAUGCAUGAAUCCAUUGUUUCGUAAAAUUAAAUUUAUAAAUGUUAUCAUGUACUAUUUGUAACAUCACUUUAAAAUUUUUUUUAUAUAUAAGAAACGGUAUAAAAUAUAUUUUUAUAGAAAUAAUUAGUCAAUAAUAUAUAAGAGAUGUAACUAAAUUGCUUAUAUUAAAAAAUAAGGAUUUCUGGGAUUAUGUAAAAUUAUUUCGUCUUUUAUAAAUAAAAUUAAUUUGUUAUAUAGCAUGUAUAUAUAUUGUUAUCGUUUAGCUCACAUGAGAAAAAUGUAUUAUAUAGUGUGUAUGGAUUUAAUAUUGUAUUUUGAAUGGCACUUGUUUAUAAUUAAUGUCUGUCGAUGUACAUGUAGUUAAAUAAGUUAAGUUAAUUGAAGUAUAUUAAAUAAAUUGAUUUGUACGAAAA